CAAAGAAGAACCUAUUGAAGACAUACAAUUACACACUCUCUCACUACGGAAUGGCGAUGGGACAGACCUUGGCGGCAGAAAAAGGAAGCGGGACUAAAAUGACGGUGUGUUCCCCAAGGUACCCAACUUACCACAGGGAAAAUUUUGUACCGAAUAAUGGAAUGUGUUUUGUGAUGGAGGAGCCAACCAGUGUUACUUCUAUCAGUCCCCCUAAAAAUGAAGUUUUUGUGAACUCUCUAUCAGGAUUCAGCGCCGCAUCAAUAGAGAACAACUUAGUGGUCGGUGCACCAACGGGAACCUUCGGAUGUGGUUCGGUGACGAACUAUGUCCCGGGCAAUUUUCCUUACAUGAACAGAUUCACAGAGAAGUCAAACAACAAGGAGGAAAAGAACAAAGCGAAGGCAUGCAGUUCGAACUACGAGGGGUGGGCGGUGCAGGUGGGAAGGUUUGCUGACUCCUCCUCCCCUCUGACCAUUGCCGCUUCCACCCCCAAGGCAAACAACUACAAGGGACAGAUUUCAUUCUACCAAAUACACGUCAACCCAAAGGACACGCCUCUACAUGUUAUCAAGGGGCAGGAGUUCGGCGCCCUCUUCGGUUACGCCCUGGCCGCCCCUGACAUAGACGGUGAUGGCGCUGCAGACCUCGUGAUCGGCGCCCCUCUUGCCUCUAACACUCCCAACAAACUGUAUGAUAUCGGCAAGGUGUUUAUUCACUACGCACCGCUGGCAGGCAGCAGAAGUCAUCAACCGGAGCAAGUUCUGUUGGGGCGUCACAACAUGGGGCGCUUUGGAACCUCCGUGGCAUCCCUGGGUGACAUCAAUGGGGACACCUACCACGAUGUCGCGAUAGGGGCGCCUUACGCUGGGGAGGACGGCAGCGGUUUGGUUUACAUAUACAACGGUGGGCGAGAUGGAUUGGUACAUGCAAAUCCGAAGGUAAUCGCAUCAUCCAAAUUCUUGCCUGGUGCUCGUGGCUUUGGCUUCAGUCUGGAUGGUGAUUUGGACAUGGAUGACAAUGGGUACCCGGACAUGGUGAUCGGGGCAGUGCAUUCAAACUCCGCUGUGUUGCUCAGGGCCUCUCCAGUCUUAAGAUUAAUUGGGUCUGUCACGUUCAACCCUUCCCCAAUUGACAUUAAGACGAAGGUGUGUGAAAUCGAGCAACCUGGGCAAAAGAUAAUGCGAGGAGUGUGCUUCGAUGUUAAAGUAGAUCUUCAGUACACCUCCAAAGCAACCUUCUCGAAUCUCAAACUGGAGUAUGAGUUGAAGAUGUCUAUUGUUUCUAAUUCAUCAAUGAAGUACGGAUUCAAGCACAACACAGAUAGAACGACGAGGGAGGUGAGAAAAAUCUACAAAGACAGAUCGACUCCGUGGAGUUUGACUAUCUUCGUGCAGAGAUCACGUGACAAUUUGGACCUGGACGUGUCAGUAACAGUGGCGGUGGUAAGAGUGGCGGCCUUUGAGCCUUUUGGUCUGCCUCCUAUUCUGGACACCCUGACGCCCACCUCCUUCAGCAAUUCCUCUCAACUAGUGUGCGAGGAUGAGUCUGGCUGCUCCACUGAACCUGACCUUGUUUUGAAUGCAUUUGGAUCUCCCGUGAUAAUGGUAGACGUGCCAGUGAGGAUUCAUUUGAACGUGUCAGUGGAGGUGAGGAGAGACCCAGCGUACGGGAUAAAGGUGAAUGUCAACUAUCCAGACCACAUUACCUACAAGGACGUGGAUGCUCGAGGGAUCAUACCACAGUGCAGGAUGACAAUGGUUGGAAGGAGUGAGAUUGAGUGUAACUUAGAUGAAGGCAAUGCGGAUGAGCAGAUCGACUUUUGGCUGACCUUCGAACACAGCAAGGAAGAGGAAGAAGAUUUGCUGCUACAAGGCACAACGUUUUCCCUCUCAGUCUCCAAUGACGAACGAAACUCUGACCCCGAUCCUUCCAAUAACCACGCACGGGUCACCAUCCCCACUAUCACCAAAGCGACACUCUAUUCUCAAUACAUCUCCGAGCCUGAAGUCACAGUAGUAGUCGUCAACGAAACAGCAAGUCAGGAGGAGAUCGAGGCGGCAAGGACAGCAGCAGCCACAUUUCCCAUUGAUAGACUCGGCCCUCGGUUUGACCAUAGGUUCUUUCUGAAUAAUCGCGGUCCCAGCCCAGUUCAAGAUGCAAUGCUGCUCUUCGACAUCCCUCUCUACCUAGGUGAAGCUCCCCUCACCUAUUUUAUGUCCCAGCCUGUCACCUCACCUGGAGUCACCUGUGAUCCUGUGCCCAUUAACCCAUUAGGUCUCCAGCCGCCACGCCAGCCAGUGACCGCCUCCGACUCCGCCAUCACUUCCUUCACUAAGGAGAUAACAACAACACAACAAUGGAGGGCAAAACGAGAAGCGAAAGAGAGCACAUCAGCUACCACAUCCCGCUCCACCUCUGUCGACGACUCCACUUUUCCCUACGAUUCCUCCACCUACUCCUCCACCUUCCACUGGACCACAGACCCGGCUGAGUACUUCUCCUCCACCUACGGCUCAAUACAAAGCAAGCAGACGGAGAAUGACAAUGUUCUUAAAUGUAAAGAGCCGGAGUGCUUGAAGUGCACAAAACCAGUGUGUUUGGUGAAGUGUCAUGUUAAGCGGAUCCCAGCUCGUGAUUCUGUUGAGGUCUCUUUCUCAAGCUACCUGGUGACUGCCACACUGGACAAGCUGGGGUUGAGGAAGGUACUCGUGAGAACCUCCCUCACACCAAACGUGACACAAAAGGGCAGUUUAGUAAUCAACCCCAUGGCCAACGCCAUUAUCGAGGUUCACCUGGAAAAACCAUUGAACAAAAAUUUCUUUUCUCUUCUUCCUCUAUGGCAAAUCCUACUGGCAGUGGCCCUAGCUGUCUUCUUCAUUCUCAUCAUUACCUUCAUCAUGUGGAAGAUUGGCUUUUUCAGGAGAAAGAGACCCCAGGCUGAAUACACUGCACAGACAUUUCACCAGGAAGAAAAAACCAUUGACAGUUGCAUAUCAGAGACUCAGUAAUGGAUGUAAACUGAAUGGCAGGGGUGUAAAGUCAUUAAUAGAUAUAAAUUCAAUAAUGGGGGUGUAAACUCAUUAAUGGAUGUAAACUCAAUUACCGGGGUAAAAACACAAUAAUGGAUGUAAACUCAAUGGGAGGGGUGUAAACUAAAUAAUGGAUGGGGUGAAAAAUACAUUAAUGGAUGUAAAUUCUAGUGGGGGGUGUAAACUCAAUAAUGGGGCUUUAAACUCAAUGGGAGGGCGUAAACUUAAUAAUAGAUGUAAACUCAAUGGGAUGAAAACUCAAUAAUGGAUGUAGACUCAAGGGCAGGGGUGUGAACUCAAAAAAUGGAAGUAAAUUCAAAUAUAGGAAAGUAAACUCAAUAAUGGGGAUGUAAACUCAAUGGGAAACAUAAACUCAAUAAUGGGGGUGUAAACUUAAUAAAAGGAAGUGUAAGCUCAACAAUAGCGGUGUAAACUAAAUAUGCAAAGCCAAUAAUGGGUAUGUAAACUUAAUAAUGGAGGUAUAAACUCAAUAAAUGAAGAUGUAAACUGAAUGGAAGGGAUGUAAACUAAAUAAUGGGGAUGAAAACUCAACACCGAAGGAUGUAAACUCAAUAUUAAGGGAUGUAAGUUCAUUAAUAGGGGUAUAGUCAAUAAUGGGGAUGUAAACUGAAUGGGGGGAUGUAAACUCAAUAAAGGAAGAUCCAAACUCAAUAUUGGAGGAUGUAAACUCAAUAAUAGGGAAUGUAAACUCAACAAUGGAGGAUGUAAACUCAACAAUGGGGAUGUAAACUCAAUAAAUGGGAUGUAAACUCAAUAAAUGAGAUGUAAACUCGACAAUGGAGAUGUAAACUCAAUAAAUGGGAUGUAAACUCAACAAUGGAGGAUGCAAACUCAACAAUGGAGGAUGUAAACUCAACAAUGGGGAUGUAAACUCAAUAAAUGGGAUGUAAACUCGACAAUGGAGGAUGUAAACUCAACAAUGGGGAUGUAAACUCAAUAAAUGGGAUGUAAACUC